AUUUUCGUUCAAUAGGAACUCAUCGUGAACGAAAAGCAAAACGUGCUAACGAAACUUACGUUGAUUAUGAUUCAACAAGUGAAGAAUCCGAUGCUGAAGAUGAAGAGGAAAUAAAAACAACAGAAGAAAGUGAUGUAGAAGUCGAAUCAGAAGAUAGUGGAGAUAAUGAUAUUCUACCAAAAACAUAUUGGCCUGAAGAACCACCUGAUCAUUUAUCACGUCUUGAAAUUGCUGAUGAUUCAACAACAACAACAAAUGAGAUAAAUCCAAAAGUAAAAGCAUUAAAUCGAAAUGGUUGUUAUCGAAAUUUUGUUUAUUAUAUGGAUAAACGUUCUUAUCAAGUUAAAUAUGAUGGAUUAGCAAGAACAUUAAUUGAACGUGUUGCACCAGUUCUUGUUAAGACUCGUCUAGCUUUAUUACAAACAGAUGAUCGACGUAAAAUAAAACUCGAACAAGUUCUUGCAGGUUCACCAUUAUGUGAUUUUCAAACUUCACAGAUAAAUAAAUCUGAAUCAAAAAAUAAUCUUAAUAAUGAUGAUACAGAUGAUAAACUAGUUGAUACAGAUAAUCCAGUUGAUGAAAAUUCAAUAGCAGAUAUCAAUAUUGGAGAAUUAACAAUUGAAAAAUGGCUUUUUCAUGUAUUAAAAUCAUGUCCAACAAUAAAAACAAUAUGUUCACAUACAGAUGAUAUAUUAAAACAAAAUUGGCUUGAAUUACAUCAACAAUUAGGUUUACCAUCUUUAUUACCAUUAUAUUUUUUUAUUAUUAAUGUUUUACUUGAUGUUAUGAAUGAAUGUUUAAAACUUUAUAAUAGACCUUAUAUGAAUAAUGAUACGAUUGAAAUUGAUUCUCUUUGUCGACAACAACUUGUUCGUGAAGCAAAACUUGUAUUAAGAGAUGCAUUAGCUACUCGUUUAUAUAGUGUACGUAUGAUGGAACAAUUUAUGUCUCAACGUGAAAUAACUCACGAACUUAUGGAAUUCGAUGAAAAUACUAUUAAACUUUAUACGCAUUAUAAACAAUUUUUAAGUACAGUUUGUAUUAAUCGAACAUUUGGUAUACAUGAUAGUGAUAAUAUGAUUAUGAAUAAUGAACCAAAUAUUGAUUAUUAUUAUUAUGUUGAUGAAGAAACAUCAGAAUUAAUUAAAGAAUAUUAUUUUGCUAGAGAUUUAACAGUUACAUUAGGAAAUCGAACAGAAAUUCGUGAUCUAUGUAAUGAAUUUUGUGCUUUAGCAUUAAGAAUAUUAGCACAAUUGAAAGAAGAAUUAAAUGGUAAAACAGAAGAAUAUUAUCAAGUAUUUGCAAUUGAUAUGAAUGAUAAAUUAGGACUUAAUGAUGGAUCAUAUUCAGCCGACGUAACUUCUGAUACAAUCAAACAACCAUCAUUUCAUACAUCAGCAAGUGUUCCACCUGAACUAUAUCAUAAUGACUCAAUGGUUUCUGAUACAGCUUCAUCUUUUUCUGAUCAAAAGAAAAACGAUAUAAUUUCAAGUACACGUGAAUUUCGUCGACAUUUUGAUAUAAUCAAACAACGAACAACACGUGUUUGUCAAUUAGCUAAAACACUUGUUGAUGAUUUCUCGAUUGCAAUCGAAUUUAACUGUUUCAAUCAUAUAGAAUUAUGGCAACAACUUCGUCAAAGUUCUUACGUUCAAGUUAAAAUAUAUUUUAAUAAAAAUAAAGCAGAUGAUUUUGAUAAUUUCUAUAUUUUUGCUCCACCAUGGUUAUCAACGGAUAAAAAUCAAGUUGAAAAAAUUUUAAGUAUUAUAUGUACUCAACAAUUACCAAUAGAUGAAAUAAAUCGAACAAAUAAAGAUGAUCAUCCAUGUUAUAUUGUAUUUUUACCAAAGAAAAGUUUUCAACGACAAAAAAUUCAAUGGUCUGGAGAAAUUUUAUUUAUUCAACCAAGUGAAAGUACAAAAUUAGCUUUAAAUUCUACAGAACUUGAUUCAUUACAUUUGGUUAUAAAUCGAUCGGAUCAUUGGGAACAUAUAGCAAAAUUAUUUCAAUCACAUGUUGGAUUAACAACUGUGGAACUCAUUAGAAAAUUACCACGUGAUGAAGAUAUUCGUUCGACUUUUGAUCAAUUACCUGAACAUAUUGAAAAAUUAAGUAUUGAAAUAACAAAUCUUGUUCGAACAUUAAAUACAAUUUGGGAUCAAGAUUCAACAAAAAUUUAUCUUACAGAAAUUGUUAAAUUUGAUGAACGUACAAUUGAAUCAAAACUAGUUGAUCUUGUUUUAUAUGUUUAUAAUUCUGGUUUCGAUCUUUUUCGUCUUUUAUAUGAUCUUAUACCAACUAUAUCAUCAAAUAAUGAUGAAAUACUCGAAAAAUUUGUUCGAACAAUGAAUGAAUUCUUCUGUGAAUGGUGUAAAUGUGUUACAAAAAAAUUUAAAUAUAUAUCAGGACAACAAGCUCGAACAGCUAGAUAUAAAGUAUUUAGACCAAAAUGGCUUUCUCCUGGCAUGGUUUUUCUUCGAUUUUUGGCAAAAUCAACUCAUUUACAAUUACUGUCAGAUGAAGAUUAUAAAAAAUUAACUAAAGAAAUGCCUGCUGCUCUUGAUGCUUUAUAUGGAAAUGUGAAAGGUAAUCCUAAUUCACCAACGACUAAAGUUCGUUCCAAUAGUGUUUCAUCAAUAUCAAUAAAUUUAGGUCGACCACGAGUUUCUUCAAGUACAAAUGUACAUCGACGAAAUGAAAGUGGUGGUCGUUAUAAUGAACUAAUAACUUCAACAUUCUUAACACCUCGUCAACGUAUUACACAAAAAAUAAAAGAUCUUGAAAAUAAUUUAGAAAAAAAAUUUCGUGAACGAAAACAAAUUGGACAAAUUUUUGAUACAACAUCAUUAACAAGUGGAACUAUUCCAGAUCCUGUUAUAUCAUUAAAAACACGUAAUAUUGAUUUUCCAUGGCGUCGUGGAACCCGUAUUGGACAAGGUGGUGCUGGUGUUGCAUUUCGUGCAAUUAAUGCUUCAAAUGGAUCUAUUGUAUGUAUGAAAGAAAUUCAGUUAUCAUCAAUUGCUUCUCGAUCCUUACCAAAUGCAUAUCCUGAUAAACUUCGACGUAUUGCAAAAGAAAUCGAUAUGAUUAUGUCUAUAAAUCAUCCAAAUAUCGUACGAUAUUUUGGUAUUGAAAAAUAUAAAAGAACAAUUUAUAUUUGUAUGGAAUAUUGUUUAUCGACAGUAAAUGAAUUUCUGAAUGAUAUAAGAUCAUUUCAAAAGCGUGCACGUAUAAAACGAAAGAAUAGUAUUUUAUGGAGUGAUUCAAGUGAGCAAGAUGAAAAUUUUAGUACAUAUGACGCUCUUUUAACGUCUUCACUUGAUGUUAAUGAAAAUGUUCGUGGUUUUGUUAAACAAUUAUUAAAUGCUUUAAUGGUAUUACAUGAAAAUAGUAUUGUUCAUUGUGAUGUUAAAGGUGAUAAUAUAUUUAUUGCAAAUGAAGAUGGAAAAUAUAUCGUUAAAUUAGGUGAUUUUAAUUUAUCUCAUCGACUUGAACUUGAAUCACCAUCAUCAGAUGGCAGUGAUUCACGUAGUACACAAAAAGGAACGAUAUAUUUUAAACCUCCAGAAUCUGAAUAUGUUUAUAAAUCUGAUAUAUGGGCACUUGGUUGUACAAUAAUAGAAAUGUUAACUGGCAAAUUACCAUGGACAAAUGUAACACGUCCACCGGAAGAUCAAAUUUAUAUUCAAAAUCAAUUAUUAGCGAAAAAAGGACCACCCAUUCCAGAAGAAUUAAGAGAUCAAAAUGAAGCAUAUGAAUUUAUUGAAUUAUGUCUAAAACCUGAUCUCGAAGAACGUCGAUCAGCUAGAGAAUUACUUAAUCAUCCAUAUCCACGAGUUCGAAUUGCAUCUCAAAUUCAUCGACAAAUAACUAAUAAUGAUUAUUGA